AUGUGGUGGCAUGUGGUCGCGUGUGGUCGCGUGGCUACAGCCUCGUCUGCUGCGAAGGGUCGACGCGGUCUGGGCUCGCCGGGAGCUCUGAACGCCGGCCCAAAUCCAGCCCAGACUGCUCCGUCCCCACGGUCGGCUGUCGUGUUUGCUGGGACUUUUUCGACACGACACAACCUGUCUGCCGGCCAGUCGGACCAAUUCUGCCAAAGCGGCAUCUCUGGCUGCCUCCUGGUCACCGCGUGUGGACCGUCUGCCCUCUCUGGCGAGCUCUUUUGUCACGGCGAGUGGGCAGAAUCCUAG